GACUGCGCAGCAGAGCCCGCAGAACGCAGAACGAAGCAGCAAAAGCAGCAGAUCAGCGACGGCAUUUCGACCAGAGAAAUGGCUUCCUCAAUGGACACAGCCACUUUCUUCUCGAAAGGCACCCCGGAACAGUAUAAAUUUGUGCUGAGUAUGUACACGGACGCCCUGCGACUUAAGUGCGAGCUGAAGAAGGUGAAGAAGCCCGAGGAGCUGAUGAGACUGGACAAAUGGUACCAGCACGAGCUACCGAAGGUGUUAAAAUCUCGGGGUAAAGACCGUCAUUUGAAUCACGAAGAAUUGGUACAGGCUAUGAAAUGGAAAUUGGCUAGAGGCAAAUUUUACCCGCAACUGUCGUAUCUGAUCAAAGUUAACACACCCAAAGCUGUAAUGUCCGAAACAAAAAAAGCGUUCAAGAAGCUGCCAAACCUUGAAAGCGCCAUCACAGCUCUGACCAACCUGAAAGGCGUCGGCACCACCAUGGCGUCUGCCCUUUUGGCAGCCGCGUGUCCUGAGGAGGCGCCCUUCAUGGCCGACGAGUGCCUCAUGGCCAUCCCAGACUUCGAAGGCAUCGAUUAUACCACCAGGGAAUACUUGAACUUUGUUCAACAUAUAAAGACAGUUGUCGACAGGCUCAACAAAGAUAAUCCCCCUGAAACACCGGAGGAGGACGUUUGGAAUCCACACAAAGUUGAGCUGGCUCUGUGGUCACACUACAUUCUCUCUGUGAACAAGCCAGAAUUGCUAGAAGAAGCACCCAAAAAUGGAAACUCUCAUCACACACCUGCAAACGGAAUUUCUAAACCAGACGUAAGUGAGUCUAUCUCGGACGAUAGCACACAAGACACAAGCAGCAAGGACUCUCCAGCCCCCACAGGCAUCAUUGUAAGCCCCGAGGACUCAUUAUUAGAGCCUCCAACCGAAGACUCGAUGGACGCCAACACUGGCAACGACGAAGAAUCAAGCAGUCAGGACACGCCCGAGGAGGCCAAAGAAGAAUCUCAGCCCGCAGCAGCUGCCCCAGCACCGGAGCCCAUUGUGGCUGAAAAAGAGCCAGAGCCGGCCGCUGAGGAGCCCAAGCAAGUGCAGCCUGACGAGCCCAAGAAGGAGGUGGAGGAGACGACGACAACAACGGAUGCGCCAGAGAAGGAGGCGGCCAUCGAAGAGGAACCUGCGGCAAAGCGACCCAAAGUGGAUGGCGACGAAGACUAGUGGCUCUGUGGCAAACACCGCCUGUAGUUUUUUUCUGUUUUUUAUUUAUUAAGAGCAUUACAUUCCAAGCAGGACGCCAGGGCAGUUCUCGUCGUUAGUCCACGAAUUCACUAUUUUUUUGUUCUUCGAAAGGGACUGUAGAUGUAAUUUGGAGUAAUUCAGGCAGGCAUGCUAUGGGCCGUUGAUUUUUGGCACUGAUUUCGUGGCUUUUGCGCUGAUCAAACGUCUUUAAUACCCAUCUACCUACCAUUCAUGUAUGAGUUUAUGAUUAAACAAAUUUAGCUGAUAAUUUAUUGUAAAUUUUUGUGCUGCAACAGAGACUUAGCUUGUCGGUUUGGUGCCAAAGGUCUUGAGGUCUUGAAGCAUCCAAAAAUUGUCUUGUAAACGAUCAUUUUUUCUUGUGUAAAUACCAAGUAAUCAGCUCUGCCAACAUCACACUCACUCACUCUUGUUCACACGUCUCACUCAUCCAUCCACUUUCACAAACACACUGACACACACAAGUAAGCCUUGGCAAGGCUGAAGUCCCCAACGAGAGAGUAUUUGCCGCCGCUUCUCUUCAUUUUUUUCUCUUUAAUUAUAUUUUAAUUUUCACACUGUUCUCGACUAGUGAAAGAAAUGGAAAUAAAAUAUUUUUCUCUAGCAAGUAAGUUUGUAUGGUUACGUUAACAAAGAAGAAAGAAAGAAAGCUCCUCUCCGAAAUAUGAAAACAACUGGUAGCACUAGCAGAUCAUCACUUCAUGGCCUUAAAAGAGCGCGCGCAGAGAGACUGUUUUUCAGUGUCCGUGAAUUGAGCAAAUACCAUAAUGAGUAUAUAUUGACUUUGCUACGCAUUAUUCACUUGAAUGUGAGAGUAGGAUUAAGUGGAUUAUUUAAAAGAAACCAAGACCAACACAAUAAAUCAUAAUAUACUAUGAA